AGCUUAAAAACAAUAAUCGCAAAUCGCAAACAAGUACAAAUCUAGGUACCUAACCUAAAUGAAUAAACAAAUUCGAGGUUUCGUCCAAUAAUUAUUAAUUUAUGUAAUUAUCGAUCUAACGUGGACAUUGUCUUGAUCGUUACUCGCAUAUUGAGUCAUCCCGGAAGUCGAUGCGCCCUCUUUUACGCCCAUCGGCAUAUUUCAUCUGGAAUUCCUAUGGAUAUAAGUCCCGCCCUCAACGAAUAAUAUCACAAUUCCUCAUGUUAAAAAGGAAGUUGGAAGUUUUAGGCGAAGACUCUAUCGUUCAACCACCUUCUCAGUUCAGGAAGAUGGCAACGCAACCAGUGACAACUACUAUUGAACUCACCCCAAAGGAGACUCAGCUCAAAGACUUGCUUUUAGACGCCGCCAAGUUUAUAGAUGAGUCAGGGGAGACUCGGGAUCCGGUUGUUUUACGAUGGGCCGGGGGAUGGGUUCGUGAUAAGCUUUUAGGAAUUGAGUCUCACGAUAUCGAUACGGCUAUUAAUACUAUGACCGGAGAGGCUUUCGUACUGAAACUACGUGAGCUAUGCGAGCAGCCUGAUACUAUCAAGAAACAUGCUAUCGCAGAGUCAGAUAUCGGAGGUCUUCACAAGAUCGCGGCAAAUCCAGAAAAGUCGAAACAUCUCGAGACCGCAACUAUCAGGCUCUUGGGAUACGAUGUUGAUUUCGUGAAUCUUCGUAAGGAGACAUACGCCCAAGAUAGCCGAAAUCCCCAGAUGGAAUUUGGAACCGCCGAGGAAGAUGCCCUGCGGAGAGAUGCUACCGUUAACGCUCUUUUCUAUAACCUUAACACUGGUAAGGUGGAGGACUUCACCACUGGGUUAGCGGACAUGAAGUCGCGCCUGAUAAGAACGCCUUUAGAGCCAUUUCAGACUUUCAUGGAUGACCCCCUCCGCGUGCUCAGAUUGGUCAGGUUUGCUAGCCGCUUAGAAUUCACCAUCGAUCCCGCUGCCGAGAAGGUGAUGGGCGACCCCCGAGUUCUCGAUGCCUUACGUUUAAAGAUUAGCCGCGAGAGGGUCGGCGUUGAGCUUGAAAAGAUGCUUAAGGGUAAACAUCCUCGCAAAUGUUUAGAAUACAUCAACCAUCUCGGACUUUACCAUACAAUCUUCACGGAUCCAUCCAACGAGCACAUGCCAACUCCAAAUAUUUCGACUUGGAAGAUAGCAUAUGAUUGCCUUGACUCACUUCGCCUAAACAAGACCCCCGGUUCCAUCUACGACGUUCUUGUGCGAUCAGAUGAGGCUGCCUAUCAUGCCUGGAUCCUCGCCGCCGUCUGCCCCUGGGAAAAUGUCGAAGACCCCAAACAUUCAGGCAAGGGAAAGCCGCCACCUCCCUUAGUAACUCAAGUGGUGAGAGAAGGUAUCAAAGCACCCAGCAAGCUCUGUGAACUCACAACUGCCGCCCAUAACAACAGGGCCGAAAUCAUGUCUCUUGUGACAGCCGUUUCGGAUAAGGCGCCUUUCAUCACGGAAAGGGAUAGAUUCGGAAUGGCAAUCCGGCAAUGGAACAACAAGAAUUGCGAUUGGAGGUUGCAAGUAUUAUACGCCCUUCUUCAUGAAGCUAUAGACACCCUGGGCGGAGAGUCGAACGGACAAGUCACGAAAGACGAGUUCCUACGUAAAUGGCAAGCGUUCCUAGACCAUCUGCAUGAGAUAGACGUUAUGGAAGCCCCCUCGCUGAAACGGCUAAUCGACGGCACUCAGCUCUCCAAGGCCCUAGGCGUCAAACCCGGCCGGUGGAUGAACCAAGCUCUAGAUGUUUGCGUCGCCUGGCAGCUCCGUCAUCCGGAAGCUACUGAUCCCGCGGGUGCGGUUGAGGAAGUCCAGAGCAGAAGAGCCGAACUAGGAAUUCCGAAAGGUACAGGCAAGUGAAUAAGGAUUAGUGAUACCCGCGGGCUUACGAAGACCCGUUGAAAGAGGUAGCCAGCCUACCUGCUGUCAAUAAGGAAAGAAUUGAUGCAAGUAUGAAAACCCCUUGCCGUGAUAUUUAACGCCUCUGCAAUAGGGGUCGUCAUAGUGUAAUCGACGUAAAGAUAGAUGCAUAGCAAAUAAAAUCGUAAG